AUGUAUAAGAGAAAUCCAACUUCAGUUCCAGGAAUUUUUUCACAAGUUAUUACUGCUUUGAGUACCAAGUCCAAUUUAAUCCACACAGCCCAAUCGAAACACCCUUUCCAUUCUCCGUUCACUUUGGAGGUUUUAGCAUCUAAUCUUGCACCGGUUCUACAAAGAGACCCUUCUCUUUCUCCUUCUGUGUUUUAUCAAGCGCAGCAGAUUCACGCCCAGAUUACCGUAAAUGGACUCCAGAAAGUCGGCAUUCUGGGCACGAGAAUUUUGGGCAUGUACAUUUUGUGUAACAAAUAUUUUGAUGCCAAGGAAUUGUUUUUUCAGCUUAAUUUAUGCUAUGCUGCUCCUUGGAAUUGGAUGAUUAGAUGUUUUACCAUGGCCGGUUAUUUUGAUUUUGCAAUUUUAUUCUAUUUUAAGAUGUUGGAUUUUGGUACUUGGCCCGAUAAGUAUACUUUUCCUUACGUAAUUAAGGCUUGUGGAGGCUUGCGUUCUGUUAAGUUAGUGACAUAUAUACAUGGCUUGAUUAAAGAUUUAGGCUUUGAGAAGGAUGUAUACGUUGGUAGUGCUCUGGUCAAGUUCUAUGCAGAUAAUGAAUGUAUAGAAACUGCACAUCGUUUGUUUGAUAAAUUGCCUCUGAGGGAUAGUGUUUUGUGGAAUGUAAUGCUUAAUGGUUUUGUAAAAUGUGGGAAUCCGGUGGAUAACGUGAUUGGUUUGUUUGUGGAAAUGAGGAAUAGUGUAGUUAGGCCUAAUUCCGUGACUUAUGCAUGCAUUCUUUCUGUUUGUGGGUCAGAGGCAACGGUUGGAUUUGGUACUCAGAUUCAUGGGUUAAUUGUUAGAUGUGGGCUGGAUAUGGAUACUCUGGUGACUAACACUCUGGUCACCAUGUAUGCGAAAUGCCGUUGCUUGUUUGAUGCGCGGAAGUUAUUUGAUUCAGUAAAACAAGCUGAUCGUGUGACUUGGAAUGGGAUGAUUGGAGGAUAUGUUCAGAAUGGGUAUAUGGACGAGGCUUUGGAUUUAUUUCGUAAUAUGAUAUCAUUAGGUGUCAAACCGGACUCCGUUACUUUUGCAAGUUUGCUUCCAUCAGUUUCUCACUCUGAGAAUUUCACUCAAGGAGAGGAAAUCCAUGGUUAUAUCAUAAGACACGGUGUGACUCUGGAUGUUUUUCUGAAAAAUGCUCUUAUUGAUAUGUUAGAUCUUGGUCAUCAAGUUUUUACAAGGAUGUCUGAAAGAGAUUCUGUAUGCUGGAACUCAAUUAUUACAAGCUGUAGCCAGAAUGGCAAGCCAGAACAGGCCAUUGAUCUUUUCCGCUGCAUGGGUAUGGAAGGAGCCAAGUAUGACUGUGUCAGCAUAUCAGCUGCUCUUUCUGCAUGCGCAAACUUACCAGCUCUUCAUUAUGGGAAAGAAAUCCAUGAUACAAGUCAUCCACAGUCUGCUCAGAUCUAUCUAGUAUUAAAGAAUCUUCUUCUGGAGCUCCAAAAGGAAGGAUACGUUCCGCAACUGUACUCUCUAAGUCAGCAACUGGCUGAUACAGUGUCUUUACCAGCAGAAGCCAAUUGA